GAUCAACCCACGUCCGGUGUGCUUCCGCUUGCGUUGGGCAGAGAGGGAUCUGCGGCGGCAAAUUGGCUUGCGGCACAGUUUGGCGGAAGACUGGUGCAGAAGGAGUACCUCUGCCUCUGCGAAGGGCCCACAUUCGGUCCUGAAGGGUCCUUUGCAGAGCUCUCCUCGUCGCUGAAGAACAUCCAGCUGAGCAGAGACACUUUCCGCGUGGAGGCCGUCACUGCGGGCGGGCGGCCAGCGCAAACC